CGCACACUCACAAUUAGCGUCGGAUUGUGUUAAUUCGUUGGGAUCAAUGGGAUCCUUUUCGGAUCCAACUGGAGUGGUUGGGUUUCUGCGUGCAUGAACCGUUUCUCUGCGUUUGUGGCGUUGCUUUUAGUGGAUUUUGCUCAGAAGUUUAUCGUGUGCGUGUGUGUGUGUGCUCCAGAUCCACGACUUUGGAAUGCGGCGAUGGAUCAGGUCAUGAUGUGCUGAGGACCUGAGGAUGGUGCGCAGCAGGACACCGUCGCAGGGCGGCGGUUCUCAAGGCUUCGAGAUGGAACGCAAGUACUCUGUUCCUUCGAAUCCCGAUGCCAGACCCUUUUCGGGCAACGCCAGCGAAGAUCUACACGCCUGGUCUAUUUAUAGGCAAAAUUUAAAUUCCGAUUUCACGGACAGCGCCUUGGGUUCCACUGAUAAAAGUCCGCUGCCAUAUGGCAACUUUCAACUGCGAGACACGACGGUCCAAUCGAUUUUGUCACAUCCACGUUACGGGCCCAAAUCUGCUCUGGGAUCCAACAUGUAUACUUAUCUGAAAUUCGGUUUGCCGAGAGUUUUUCCUCCUAACCACAACGGUUCGAACCGUUCCGGAACUCCACAACUUUUCACUAGAAACGCUUCACAAAGACCCAACAGCAGGGCACCCAAAUCAGGAAACAGGUUGGGCCACAGGGAGGGCAGUUCCGGCUACGACAGUUCGGACAACGAAACGACAACGAACAACCAAUACGGCAACAAACACAACCGGAAAUAUAGAUCCGAUCCCGAUUUCAGGAUGCAGAACGUUCAUCCGUCGUACCAAAGGGAAAGUCCCGGAUUGCCGUUGGCCGCCAUGCAACAAGGAGGCAUCCGAUCGCCCACGCAGUGGAGUCGUAACAAGAGCAUCUCCGAAGCAAACCUCCUGGCGACAGAAUACAACCGUUCCUAUCACCAACUUCCUCACCACCCGAACCAUCCGAGGAUGGAUCCCCGACGCAACAGCGUCGCUGACUUCGGCGGCGGCGCCCAUCCAGAUAUGGUCGACGGCAGCGUUAUGAUGGGAAUGAGACCCAUGUCCAAGGCGGAGAGUCACCUGUCGGUGGCGGCGUCCAGGAGAGGUCCCUCCGUCAUCAGGACGGAUUAUCUCAGUCAGGACGAGGAUGCCACGCCAACUUUUAUGUAUCCACACCUUCAGGUGGUUGGAUUGGGUUUGUGGCCGCGUACCAACACUUCUUGUCUCAACUCGAAACGCCAUCUCUUACUGAACGACGUCUCCUUCGAGAUUCGAGGCGGCGAAGUGAUGGCGGUAAUGGCAACCUCCGAGGAGGAAGGUACGGCACUUCUGGACUGCGUCGCGGGUUUCUGCACUCCGGUGAUUGGCGACAUACUGUUGAACGGACAUAACGCAAAAGCCAACAUGUUAAAGACGAGAGUGGCAUAUGUGCAGAGUGAUCCACACCUCUGUGAAGAGAUGACCGUGCUACACACCCUCAAAUACCACCACGAUCUCAAACGGCCCACUGACAAGCUGGGCUACCUUAAAAUAGACGCGAUGGAUAGAAUAAACGUAUUAAUUGAGGAUUUGGGUUUGGAGCAAGUGAGGAACACGAAGAUUUCCUCUUUGACGAUAUCGGAAAGACGGCGAUUGAAUGUGGCCUGUCAUCUGCUACUGGACACCGAUAUUGUCGUUUUGAACCAACCUACCAGAGGCAUGGACAUCUUCGAUACUUUCUUCCUCGUCGAAUAUUUGAGACAGUGGGCAAAUGGCGGUACAGCCGGUGCUUUAGGAAGGAUAGUAAUAUUAACAAUGCAUCCGCCGACAUACGAAAUCUUCACGAUGCUCUCCAGAAUCCUACUCAUUUCCGCAGGAAGGACAAUGUUCAGUGGACGCAGAAGAGACAUGUUGCCAUAUUUUGCUUUAGUCGAUUAUCCUUGUCCGUCGUUCAAGAAUCCUUCAGACUAUUAUCUGGAUUUAGUAACGCUGGACGAUUUAUCAGCGGAAGCGAUGCUGGAGUCGUCACAAAGGAUUGAACAAUUGGCAGAAGUGUUUAGGCAAAAGCAGGAACCAAUGAGCGAUCCUGGGCCUCCUACUGCUCUGCCAAUGACAGUCAAACCUUCCAAUUGUUUCAUACAAGGCUUCGUCCUGUUCACGAAAGCGAUGUUCUACACUCAACCGAAUACGUUCCUAAAUUGGUUGACGCUAAUUGUGAUAGCCGCGAGUCUCUCGUUGGUAAACGGUGCAAUUUUCUGGGACGUGCCAAACACCGAUCCUCAACUGAUUCUCAACGACCGACUGGGUUACCACUAUGCCGUCAUGUGCAUCACCUCGUGGCCACUCCUGCUGCUUUUGACCGUUGCCGAAAUCAGGAAGAACAGGAAAGCGGUUGAACGUGACAUUAAAGACGGACUUUACGGAAGGGCGACCUAUAUUUUUACCAAGACGCUGAUCAACUUAUUUCCUUCCCUGUUCCUCUGGUUGAUUUACGUAGUUCCCAGUUAUUCCAUGUGCGGUUUGUACAUGCAAAGUCUUGUCAAUUACGACGGAUUCAACAUAUAUAUAGGAACGAUGUUGGUUUAUCUUAGUGGUGUUCAGAUAUUUUUGCUGUCGUUUAUUUAUCUGAUACCGGCGUCGAAUGCCGCCGCCAUACUUUGUUCGGUUCUGAUUUGGGCGUUCGCACUUUCAUCCGGGUACACGGUUCACUUCAAGGACUUACCUGUUUACACCAAAUGGCUAGAGUACAUAAGUCCAACUUCGUGGCUCCUGCCCUUCUUGCUCAACAGAGAACUGUCCCAAGAAGCAGUUGCGAGCAGUUCUGCCACCACUUUGUGCCGAAACAAACAGGUGCAGCAUCAGGAUAUUAUCGUUCAAUUACCCUGUCCGCCUCCGAACGGGACUAACGCGUUGUCCCAGUACGGCUAUCUGCAGUCCCAGCAAGAAUUCACCGCCUAUGGAAAUGCCCCCGUUGCUCUUCUCGUUUUUUACGCAGUGUUCUUCAUCAUAGCCUGUUUCGCUUUCAUUCUCCGUUGCUGCAGAAACGACAGAGAAUCACACAAGGGAAUGAACGACGCCAAUAAACCAUAAUUUCCUAAAGGAUAAGACCUGAUAAACUUGUAUUUAUAUAGACGAUAGAUAAUUAUUUAUGUAUAAUCUAACGCCCGCUUUUUAUAUCAGCUAUUUAUGACAAAAUAAAUUGUACAUUUUA